CUAAUAUCCAAAUACAAUAGCAGAAGGAACUUACCGUCCGCCACUCACAAUCAUGUCGAGUGUAAAUUCCAAAGGAGGAUCGAAAGAUUCCUCCAAACAUGGAAGCGACAAGGAUAAACCUAGAAUUGACACGUCGCAGUAUAGUUACAAUGCAAUGUCAAAUUUGGUUACGCAACCUGAUCGAAGAUUCGUGUCAAGACGCGAUACAGAACCUACAGGAGAGCCAGAGUCACUUGCUAAUCGUGUUAAUGUGUCCGAAAUGGGUACUCGAGCACGGACUAGUAAAGCUGAGGCUCUUCCUCAGGGAUUCACUCAAGAAGUACAGGAAACUAUGGUUCCUACUACUGAGGGAUAUCCCGUAAAGGCUGAAAAGAGAUUACCUAGGCGUAAAGGCACCACUGGCUCGACAUUGCUAGGUGCUUCCGAUACAUUAGAAACCUUAAGAUACCAGCCUUUGACAAAUGAGACACGACAAGUUUAUGACUAUAUCUUAGCAUUUGUGCAACAAUACUUGGGUGAUCAGGCACCAGAAGUUUUACGGUCUGCAUCAGAUUUGGUGAUCGAAACCAUAAAAGAUGAUACCCUAGCAGAUACUCGCAAAAAACAACAAGUGAACGAAAUUUUAGGAGUCAAGAUUCCUGACGAUCGAUUUUCACAGUUAAUUAACCUUGGUAAUCGCUUGACAGACUAUACCAGAGAAGAAGAGACAGCCAUGGAUGAAAGAGAUUUGUAUGAUUCAGGCGUUCCAGUAUUGUUUAAUGAAGCAGAUGAGGAAGAAGAAGCCGUGGAAGCGAUGGAAGAAGAAGAAGAAGAAGAAGAGAAAGCCCCUACCGAGGAUGUAAGGGGUGAAGAAAUUCCCACAGAAGAGCAGGAUACUGAGGUAGCCAUUAUUUCGAGCGAUACUAAAAAAGUAUCCGAAGUGUCGAAACUUCACCCAAGAGACAUAGAUGCAUUCUGGCUUCAACGGGAAAUUGCAAAAUACUACCAAGACGCUCAUGUAUGCCAGGAAAAAACAAAUCUUGCAUUCGAUGCUCUUUCAUCGAAUGUUGAUCUUGGUGAGCUUGAGAACGAGCUAAUGAAUAUUUUUGAUUAUGAGCAUUUUUCUUUGGUACAACUUUUGACUAAAAACCGAUGGAUGAUAGUUUUCUGCACUCGACUUACGCGAGCUGCUGAUGAUAAGGAGCGUUCUACCAUAGUGGAAGCUAUGCAAGAGGCUGGCCAGUCCUGGAUAUUGCAAGCUUUGGAACAUAAUGCUCCUAUUCCUGCUGAAGUCACCCCUCAAGAAGCGAAACCCGUCCUAGAUGGCCAAGGGUUUGUACCUGCUGAGGAUGUGGUCCCAAAGCCUAGUGCUCAAAAAAUAACCAAUAACGUGAUUCCUAAGCAACAAGUUAACUUGGAAAACUAUGUCUUCUCUGAAGGUGCUCAUCUCAUGUCAAAUAAAGCAGUAAAGCUACCUGAGGGCUCAUUCCGACGCACUGGUAAAGGGUAUGAAGAAAUUCAUGUUCCUGCUCCAACUAAGGCUACGAUGAGCUCAGAUGAACGAUUAGUGUCUGUGAAUGAACUUCCUGAGUGGGCGCACGGAGCUUUCCCUAAUACGCCUUCAUUGAACCGAAUCCAGAGUCACUUAUUCCCAAUAGCUUAUGGGACAGACGAGAAUAUUUUACUAUGUGCUCCUACCGGUGCUGGUAAAACUAAUGUGGCAAUGUUAUGUAUUUUAAACGAAUUACAAAAGCACCUUAAUGCUGAAACUUUAACAUUUCGCAAAAAUGAUUUCAAGAUUGUAUAUAUUGCGCCGUUGAAAGCGUUGGUCCAGGAAAUGGUCAAUAAUUUUUCAAAGCGUCUAAACCCAUACGGAAUUCAAGUCUCUGAGCUGACAGGUGAUAGCCAGUUAACUAAGCAACAGAUUAGCGAAACACAAAUUAUUGUCACAACACCUGAGAAAUGGGACAUUAUUACCAGAAAAUCCAACGAUCUAUCGUAUGUCAAUCUUGUCCGCUUAGUAAUUAUUGAUGAAGUUCACUUACUGCAUGAUGAAAGAGGACCAGUCUUGGAAUCGAUUGUUGCACGUACUCUUCGUCAUCAAGAAGAGUCUUUGGAAAGGAUUCGUUUAGUUGGUCUUUCAGCUACGUUGCCUAAUUAUAAGGAUGUCUCAACUUUUCUGCGAGUAAAUCCUAAUAAGGGUCUGUUCUAUUUUGAUGCAACAUAUCGCCCUUGCCCAUUAAAACAAGAAUUUAUCGGAGUAACUGAAAAGAAACCUAUCAAGCGUUUACAAGUUACUAAUGAAGCUUGUUAUGAGAAGACAAUGCAGCAAGCUGGCAAAAAUCAGGUUCUUAUAUUUGUGCAUUCUAGAAAAGAAACUUAUAAAACUGCUCGUUUUAUUCGAGACAAAGCUUUAGAAGAAGAAACAAUAGGUCAUAUUUUACGUUCCGAUGCUGCUUCGCGUGAAAUUUUGCAAACAGAAGCUGAUACCACCAAGAAUGAGCAUUUGAAAGAUCUUCUUCCUUAUGGAUUUGCUAUACAUCAUGCAGGUAUGCGACGUGAGGAUCGCCGAACGGCAGAAGAUCUGUUUGCUGAAGGUACAAUUCAGGUUUUAGUAAGUACUGCUACUUUGGCUUGGGGUGUCAAUUUACCUGCUCAUACUGUAAUUAUCAAAGGUACUCAAAUAUACUCACCUGAGAAAGGUAUUUGGACUGAACUUUCACCCCAAGAUAUUCUUCAAAUGCUUGGUAGAGCUGGUCGGCCACAGUUUGACACAUAUGGUGAGGGUAUUAUCAUCACCGCACACUCUGAAUUACAGUAUUAUCUAUCUUUAAUGAAUCAACAAUUGCCAAUUGAAUCACAACUUAUGACCCGCUUAGCUGAUUGCUUAAAUGCUGAGAUAGCUAUGGGCUCAGUAAGAAGCAUUGAGGAUGGUGUUGAAUGGUUGGGUUUUACUUACCUAUACGUUAGAAUGCUGAGGUCUCCUGGUUUAUACAGUGUAGGUCCAGAAUAUGAAAAUGACAAGUAUCUUAUACAAAAAAGAGCUGAUUUAGUUCACUCUGCUGCUUUACUUCUUGAAAAAUGCAGACUUCUUGUUUAUAGCAAAGAGAGUGGUACAUUAACGGCAACUGAACUUGGUAAAGUUGCAGCCAGCUAUUAUGUGUCUCAUAACUCAAUGGCUACGUAUAACAGGUUACUUAACCAGUCUAUAUCUUUAAUAGAACUGUUCAGAGUCUUUAGUUUAUCAGACGAAUUUAAGUAUAUUCCGGUACGGGAGGAAGAAAAAGUUGAACUUGCAAGACUUUUAGAACGUGUACCGAUUCCUAUACGUGAGGGCCUUGAUGAUUCUGCCGCAAAGAUUAAUGCGUUAUUGCAAUCAUAUAUUUCGAGGCAGCAGCUUGAUGGGUUUGCUUUAGUAGUAGACAUGGUUUAUGUAACCCAGUCUGCAGGAAGAAUUAUGAGGGCAAUUUUUGAAAUAGCCUUACGUCGUGGAUGGUCAGCUGUUGCAAAGAUGGCUUUAGACACCUGCAAAAUGAUUGAAAAACGCCUUUGGCCGACCAUGAGUCCUCUGAGACAGUUUGCAAAUUGCCCUGCCGAAGUAAUUCGCCGAGUAGAAAAGAAAGAUUUCUCUUGGUAUCGGUAUUUUGAUUUGGACCCUGCUGAAUUAGGUGAAUUAAUUGGUGUUCCCAAGGAAGGUCGACGCGUUUAUAAUAUGGUGCAGUCAUUCCCCAGAGUUAACAUCGAAGCUCAUAUCCAGCCUAUUACUCGAUCGUUACUUGGGGUUGAAUUGUCGAUAUCCUCCCAGUUCACUUGGGAUGAUUCUUUAAGUGGCAAUUCUGAAGCUUUCUGGAUACUGGUUGAAGAUGUCAAUGGUGAAAAGCUUCUACAUUACGAACAAUUCUUUUUACUUAAGAAAUAUCAGGAAGAUGAACACAUUGUCAAUUUUACUGUGACUUUAACAGAGCCUCUGCCUCCUAAUUAUUUCAUCAGUAUUAUCUCUGAUCGGUGGUUGCAUUGCAACUUCAAGGUCCCAUUGUCAUUUAAACGGCUAAUCAUGCCUGAAAAAUUUCCGGCACCGACUCCUCUUCUUGAUCUGCAAAAUGUACCUGUUAGUACCUUGGGGAAUCCGGAAUAUAUUUCAUUGUACAGUUCUCAAUUUAGCCAUUUUAACAAAUUACAAACGCAGGUCUUUAGUGCCUUAUAUAAAACUAAUGAUACCUUAUUUAUUGGUGCUCCUAAUGGUAGUGGAAAAACAGUAUGUGCUGAGCUUGCAUUGUUGAACCACUGGAAAAAUCCUGAUGCUGGUAGUGCUGUUUAUCUCGCUCCAAUACAAGAAAUUAUCGAUCAAAAGUUUGAAGAGUGGAAAGAAAGGCUUGGUAAUAUUGGUGAAGGAAAGGUGUUAUUUAAGUUAACCGGCGACCGAUCUGAAGAUUUGAAGCUUAUCCAAGUGGCUGACCUUAUAUUUGCUACUCCUUCUCAAUGGGAUUCAUUAUCGAAAAGAUGGAGAACAAUGCGUAGUAUACACAAGGUUGACAUGUAUAUAUGUGACAAUCUUCAAUUAUUGGGUGGUGCCCAUGGUCCUCUUUAUGAAGUUGUGCUUUCAAGGAUCCGUUACAUGUCUUUGCAAUUAGAAAAACAUAUAAGAAUUGUUGGCCUUUCUGUUUCCUUAGCUAAUGCUCGAGACCUUGGCGAAUGGUUAGGAGCUAGUCCUCAAAAUAUAUUCAACUUUAGUCCCAAGGAUAGACCUAACCCAUUAACGAUACAUUUGCAAUCGUUUAGCAUUAACCAUUUUCCUUCCCUUAUGUUGGCUAUGUCUAAGCCCGUAUAUCGUGUUCUUGUGCAAAGUAUAUCUCAAAGAAAAUCUAGUCUUGUAUUCACUCCUGAUCGGAAAGUUGCAAGACAACUUGCACUUGACAUUGUCACAUUCAGUUUGGCUGAUGAAGAUGAAUAUCAGUUCUCUGUAGCAGAAACAGGGGCAAUCGAAAAGGUCCAGGACGUUAGUUUGCGUCAGUCUCUUCAACAUGGAAUAGCUUUUGUCUCUGAAAUUACAUCUGCACAUGACAAAAGCAUCGUUGAAGCCAUGUUUUUACAUGGAUUAAUAAAAGUUUUGAUUGCUACGCAUGAUGUUAUCUAUUCGUUGAAUGUCAAAUCCAAUGUGGUGGUUGUAAUGGGAACUCAGCAAUAUGAUGGAAAAGAGCAUCGAUACAUUGAUUAUCCCAUUAGUGAUUUACUGCAAAUGCUAGGUUUCACGGCUAAUAUGAGAACGAACGUUAUCAGCCAGGCUGUUUUACUAACGGUGAAUACUAAAAAGGACUAUUACAAGAGAUUCUUAAAUGAACCAUUACCCAUGGAAAGCCAUUUACAAGUGUGGCUUCAUGAUGCUUUUGUUUCGGAGAUCUCAACACAAACUGUCGAAAACAAACAGGAUGCUGUGGAUUGGUUAACAUGGACUUAUAUGUACAGACGAUUGGUUGCAAAUCCCACGUAUUACGGUCUUCAGGACAUAACCCAUGAGUCUGUUUCGGAAUUCCUAUCAGAUCUAGUAGAAACUACAAUGAAUGAUCUAAAUGAAGCCCGUCUGAUUACUGUUGAUGAAGAAGAUGACAGUUGUGUACCCCUCAAUUUGGCAAUGAUAGCAUCGUUUUACGGAAUUACAUAUGUUACUAUGCAAACAUUUGCUCUCAGUUUAACCGAGCGUACUAAGAUGAAAGGUUUGUUAGAGAUUGUAACAUCCGCUGCAGAAUAUGAACAGUUACCUAUAAGGAAGUAUGAAGAUGUUAUAUUAGCCCGUAUUCAUUCACAGCUGCCUGUUCGCUUAAGCAGUCCGGAUUAUGAGGAUCCUCAUACAAAAUCGUUUAUUCUGUUAGCUGCCCAUUACUCGCGCUUUGAAUUACCGGCUGAACUAGCGUUAGACCAAAAGUUCGUACUCGGUAAAGUUCUGAAUCUGCUCAGUGCAUGUGUUGAUACCCUCUCUUCGGACGGCCAUCUCACCGCUUGCAUACGACCCAUGGAAAUGUCACAAAUGGUGACACAAGCUGUAUGGGAUCGUGACAGUCCUUUGAAACAGAUUCCCUACUUUGAUGAUGCAUUAAUUAAACGCUGCAAUGAGAAGGGAGUGCAGGAUGUAUUCGAUAUAAUUGACAUGGACGAUGAUGAACGCAUGAAAUUACUGCAAAUGGAUAAUGUUCAUCUUGCCAAAUGUGCAGAGUUUAUUAAUAAAUAUCCAGACAUUGACAUCAAUUUUGAAGUUCACGAUCCAGAGAAUGUACAUGCAAACUCUCCUACGUUGUUAUUAAUACAGCUGGACCGAGAAGUAGAAGAAGAGGAAGAAGUGGACAUCACUGUGUUUGCUCCUUAUUUCCCUAUGAAAAAGACAGAACAUUGGUGGUUGGUGGUUUCCGAUGACCAAAAUCUUCUGGCGAUUAAGAAGGUUACUUUGGGUCGAUCCUUAACGACAAAACUAGAGUUCGUACCACCUGAAGCCGGUAACAAGUCAUUCAAACUCAGUUGCUUCUGUGACUCUUAUAUGGGAGUUGAUUACGAGAAAGAAUUUUCUUGUGGUGUUCUGGAACCUUUGGAUGAAGAAAUGGAAGAUGCAGAAGAAUAAAUAAUAUUUAACGCUUAAUAACUUUGAUUCAGAAUAUUUGCUGGCCCAAGGAUGUUAUCUUGCAAUUCUUUAUACACGAAAAAAAUUAAUGAGUGCUUUCUGUUUUGGAUUUUGUCGAAGAGAAAGCAGGAAGGAUUUGGAUCGGGUUAUGACUUUUGUCUUGGCCUUAAUAGAUGAGUUUAAGGGAAUUUAUUUAUAAUGAGGAUAAAAUCUUUUCGGUUUUGUAAAUAAUGAAUAGAUUGGUUUUUUGACAAUGAAUAACUGCCGAUAGCUAAUUAACAAUUCGCCUAGUUUCUUGCUUAAUGUUAUAAAAAGUAAACA